CAAACCCUCCUCAGAUUCUCUGAAAUCUAGGGCAAAGCAAGAAUUGUUAGGAAGUAGUUUCUCCUGUUGCAAAACAAUGAUACUGCUUUUGGAAAGCUGCAAGGGAGAGUGAGGGAGAAGUCCCUUUAAAUAAAAAAAAGUGAAAUACAGUAUUGUGCAUCUUGAAAUCUGAAACCAAGAAACAGAACUGCAGGGGAAACAAGGGGGAAAAGUCUUGCAAUUUCAGAGGACAAUUGCUACAAGUGGAGUUUAAGGAGCAAAAUAUAUGUAUAUACAUUUUAAAGCCAUUGAAAGACAUUUUUGGACAAGGCUAUGAAAUAAGGGAGCUUUGGAAGAAGAGAACUUUUUCCCCCCCUUUCUGGAUAUAAUGGCUGUUGCAAAGCAAAGAGCCUUGAGGUUCGGCUUCAGGUUUCUAUUCUUCGCAACGUUUGUGUUAGCCUGUGAUGGACAAGGUAGAAAUAAAGAGAAGGGAGGUCCUGCUUGUUAUGGAGGAUUUGAUUUGUACUUCAUUUUAGACAAAUCAGGAAGCGUCCUGCACCACUGGAAUGAAAUCUAUUUUUUCGUAGAACAUCUUGCCCACAAGUUCAUAAGCCCCCAGCUGAGGAUGUCAUUCAUUGUUUUCUCAACUAGAGGCUCAACUCUAAUGAGGUUAACUGAAGACAGGGAUCAGAUACGUCAAGGCCUAGAAGAGCUGCAGAAAGUUCUGCCGGGAGGCGACACUUACAUGCAUGAAGGAUUUGAAAGGGCAAGUGAACAGAUUUACUAUGAAAAUGUGCAAGGCUACAGAACUGCUAGUGUCAUCAUUGCACUGACGGAUGGCGAACUCCACGAAGACCUCUUCUUUUAUGCUGAGCGAGAGGCUAAUCGAUCUCGUGACCUGGGAGCCACCGUGUACUGUGUUGGGGUGAAAGAUUUCAAUGAAACACAGCUGGCUCGAAUCGCUGACAGCAAGGAUCACGUCUUCCCAGUGAAUGACGGCUUUGAAGCCCUGCAGGGGAUCAUAGAUUCUAUUUUGAAGAAAUCAUGUAUAGAGAUUCUUGCAGCGGAGCCUUCCAGUAUAUGUGCAGGAGAGUCGUUCCAAGUCGUGGUGAGAGGAAAUGGUUUCCGACAUGCCCGGAACGUCGAUCGAGUGCUCUGCAGCUUCAGGAUCAAUGAAACGGUUACUGUCAAUGAGAAACCUUUCGUAGUAGAAGAUACCUAUUUGCUCUGUCCAGCACCUGUAUUACGAGAAGUUGGCAUGGAAGCAGCUCUUCAAGUCAGCAUGAAUGACGGCCUCAGUUUCAUCUCAAGCUCUGUCAUCAUCUCUAGCACACACUGUUCUGAUGGGACCAUCUUGGCCAUUGCCUUGUUGAUCCUCUUCCUUCUCCUGAUGCUGGCUCUGCUCUGGUGGUUCUGGCCUCUCUGCUGCACUGUGAUUAUCAAGGAGCCCCCUCCACCCCCGGAAGAGGACAGUGAGGAAGAAGAUGACGAUGGCCUUCCUAAGAAGAAGUGGCCAACAGUCGAUGCUUCUUACUAUGGUGGGCGAGGUGUUGGUGGCAUUAAAAGGAUGGAGGUCCGCUGGGGAGAAAAGGGGUCCACGGAAGAAGGGGCUAAACUAGAGAAAGCCAAGAAUGCCAGAGUGAAGAUGCCAGAGCAAGAAUAUGAAUUCCCCGAACCCAGGAACCUGGGGAAUGGUAUGCGCAGGUCCUCUUCUCCCCAGAGGUGGUACACGCCAAUCAAGGGCAAGUUGGAUGCUCUCUGGGUCCUGUUGCGAAAAGGCUAUGAUCGUGUGUCUGUGAUGCGCCCACAGCCUGGAGACCAGGGCCGCUGUAUCAAUUUCACCCGAGUGAAGAAUGCUGAGGCACCGCCGAAAUACCCACUCAGCCAUGCACAUCCACCCUCCUCUCCACCCCCUGCCCCAAUCUACAACCCUCCACCCCCUGCCCCGAUCUAUACCCCACCUCCUCCCAGUUCUCCCACUCCUCCCACUCCAUCCCCAUCAUCCACUCUCCCUCCACUGCCCCCGCCUCCCCAGGCCCCGGCUCCCAACCGAGCCCCUCCUCCCUCCAGGCCCCCCCCUCGCCCUUCUGUCUAGGGGCUCAGCCUUGUCCCUCUCUCUUCCAGAAGCAUUCGGAGGGCUCUUUCAGCAGUACUGUAACAAACCUGUCUUGGGGGGGGAGGGGGGAAUAGGAAGUCUUUACAUUCUGAAAUGGGUGACAAUAGAACAAACCACUUAUUAGUCUUUUUAUCUAUUUAUAUAUAAUCCCACAAUGCACCAGUCUCACCAAACCAGCAAGGAGAGAAAAUCCAGGAGGCUGCAAAAAUGAGGCCACUGGAGAAACAUAAAUCACUAAUGUUCACUUCAGCUCUGCCAUCCUCCGUGAUCUACCACAGUUAUCCUGGAAGAAAUUGGAAAUAAGACUAGCUCUUAGAAAAUUCAGAGACUGCAGGGCAAUCCUCCACAGUGAAGGGCCCAGCGGAAAGCUUCCUACAGACAAUGUGGACAACACAAUGGGCUACUUUGCCAUGACUGCAUGAGUUCUCUUCUUGUUGCAGUGCUUCAGAUUAAUAUAGAGAGCUGAUUAUUUCUCACAUGCCUGCAAACAGCAGGAUAAGAUAAUGAAGAGUGUUAGAUCUUGGAUUUUAAUCUGAAAAAAAAAAAAGCAGCCAUCCCAAUGGACUUUGUUCUGGAGAAUGAACGGGGCCAUCAUCCUUUAGUUUCCAGGAGGGUGUUGGAGUAGGUGUCUGGUGUAUGGAUUUGUGUAUGUUGUUAUGUGGAAGUGUGGGUGAAUGAGGCUGAAGUACUACUAGAAAAAUGAAUUAUAUAUAAAAGAAAAAGAAAACCCACAGGAGGGCUCCAACCCCACACCUGAAGAAGAGUUAAUGAAAGAUCAGCCUUCCAUGUUCUCAUCAGGGCUGUAGGGGUCCGGAGACCACUGAACAAAGGAGCCUGUGGAAGAGAAGGUUGAAAGAAGAGUCGAUACACUACGCUUAGCUAACGGUGCCUGUCUGAUGAGUGCAGCAGAGUAAUUCAGUGACCGUUUCCAUUUUAAAAUGAAGGUUUCUGAAACAGCUGACCUGAGAAUGAGUGGUUGGUUCUAUUCAGUUUUUUUUAAAAAAACUGCAAUCCCCUUAGGCUUCUUAAAUCCUGUAAUGGUCAUCAGUUUCACAGAAUCUCACCGCUGCCUCUUUUGUUUGUAAAUUGCCCCCUUCUGCCUUACCAACUUCUCUGCUUUGAUUUUUGUUUUCCUUUCUUUAAUAAGCACUGAAUGUCUCCCACACACUUUGUCAAAGGGACACAGUGUGGCUACACCUUUCUCUUGUCACUUCCAUUAUCAGUUGUUGGCCAAGGCGAAGUUAUGCACAAAGUUGCCUGAGAUGGGAAUCAGUCUUCCAAGAAAUGCACUGGCUGCAUUUCUCCAUGUUUUCUUCUUUUUAUUUUUUUCCCAGUGGGACUCUCCCCUCAUAGUUUACAAUACUGCAUAUGUACACAUUUUAACCUAUAGUAAACUUCCUGAGCACCUGCCUUUGUAACACAGUGCUGAAAUAGACAAGAUCAAGAUUAAAGUCAAACCUCUGCCUUCCUAGUUUACUUUUAUGAUCAGCUCCCAUGACAUGAAUAUCUCUCUGGAAAUUGCCGCAUCAUAAAGACAAAUCAUCUUUGUAGCUACAAUUCUGUGAAUAUCGAAGGGUUUUCAUACUCAUAAAGCAGGUGGUUUCAACCCCAGAUACGCUUUGCCAAGUAGUUACUCCAGUGUUGUUGGAAAUACUGCUUUCCUAGGGGAAAAGGCUAUUCAAGAAAGAGGAACAGAGCAGAUAUAAAGAUAAAGACCCAGUCAAGGAACGAACUGCGAUAUCUUUUGUCAGGGACCUUUAUAAACAGUCCCUUUCUAUCAGGCUCAGAUUCAGCCCAGUUGGCACUCACCAACCCUUUGGUCAAUGUGUCUUAUGUCAUAUGGAACAAAUGACUUUAUACAGGGAUCACAAUGGCUCUGAGGUCUGCAGCCAUGUGCGGGCUGUUCUGUGAAAGGGCCGAUGUAGCCACCAUCACAACUGUUUGGUCUGCAGGCAGCACAGAGCAGUCCCCACUUUUGACAUUCACUGGGUUAGACGCUACUCAGACUGUAGCAGGUACUGGCCACAGUCGGUUCAACUAGAUGACAUUAGGAUUGUCAAGUGGGACUGGAAAUCUUGGAAAGCCCUUCAAAGGUUUCAUUGGACUUCCCCUUGAGAUGGAUGCCAUCUAGUUAAAUAGCUGAAGAUGGAAAGUGUAAUAACUGGGAAUAGUGUAAUAACGUCCUGAGGGAUUAAUAGGUAUUUCUCUUAAUAGAUCCUCAAAGGUACAAAAAAGUUUGGAAAGAAAAUUAUUUUUUAACCAAUGACAUUAAGAAUAUCUUUUUUUAGUGUCAACCAGUAAAUCAGAACAACUGCUGGGAAAAAAUAAAUUAGUUUACUACUCUAAGACAAAAGUAGUGUUUGCGGAUUCCUAUAAAAACUUCUUUACCACAAUUUAAGAGGGAAAAAAAAACAAAAAACAAACUUAAACAGAGUAACAGAAAAGCUCAAUCAGGCCAGAAAAAAAAUAAUUUUAAUGUAUCCCUAUACUACAAGCCUUCUCAUGAGUAAAAACAAACUCCAAAUUGUCGUUGUAUAUAUUGUUAUUGCAUGCUUACCAUAUGUUAGAUGGAAGCAUUUCCUAUCCAGUGUGGAUAAAAGAACAUUUUUCAAGUUGUAGUAAAUUAUUAUAAAGCCAAUGAUAUUUCAUGGCAUGUUAUUGUAUCAAGCUGUGCUUGUUGUAUUUUUGUUCUUUAUGUUUGUACUGCUUUUUAUAAAUGUAUAAAUAUUUCCUGUAGUGACGAGUACCUGCUUUACAUAGCAUUAAUUGAACUACAAGUACUAUGGGCUAUAUAUGACCCUCAAUCCAUUGAAUGGGAGUUAUGCGCAUGGAUCUAGGGUAGCGUAUAGCCAUACUGCAGUGGGUGUGUGUAGAAACACCUAGUGAUAAGCAAAUGCCUAUUUUUUAUUAACUGAACAGAGAAUCAUUAACUGGUCAUUGACCAGUUAUUUACUAGACAUUGAACAUGCAGGUUAUUAACUGGACAUAGAAUCAGAGUGCCCACGGGUAAUCUAAGUUACUUGUUUUCAGUAGACCCUGACCAUGUAAAAUGUACUCAGCAAAACCAGAGCAGAUGUUGGCUAGCAGAAUUUACCUCCAGUGUUGUAUUUAAAAUCAACCUAUGGGUGCACAAUUAUGCAGGUUUGGAGCCUGGUGCCACUGAAGUCAAUGGCAGUUCUGCAAUUGACUUCAACAGGCACAGGACUACAGCCACAUUUUCUGGGGCUGCAGUAGAUUCAUGUACUAAAUCGAAAGGAACAUGGCACAAACACCGACCUUUGUGCAUGUAUGCAGAGGACCAUUUGUGUGUUCUGAAGAGGCUUUCAGCAGGUGCAAAACAUCUAGGUGCAUGCUUCUUUGCAGACGUUGCUCCUCCAUAUGUGUGGCCCUAAAUUUCCAAAGAGAUGGUCCUAAAGCUCUGAAAUGAAUUUUCCCAAAGGGGAGAAGAUUUAUGAUAUCAGAUGGGUCUUUAAUCUGUAGCAACCUGCAUAAAAUUUGGAGGCAGGAGCACUGAUUGCAGGAGGGAAGCAUUCAGAGAAGGCUUCAGGAAGUCAGCCUGUGUGCACAUGACUGGAAUGCUAGCUGCAGUUUCAGCAUCUCUGUAAAUAGUUCUCUUAAUAAAGGGCCAGUUUAGGUUUACAAACAUAGAUUCCUUUCAUGUAUUAGCCAGCAUGUGGUACACAAAACAUAAUCUAGCAGACAAAAGUGUAACAAAAUCCAAUGGCAGGAAACUGAGGCCAGACAAAUUCAGACUAGAUAUAAGGCACACAUUUUUAACAGUGAGGGUAAUUAACCAUUAGAACAGUUUACUUAGGCAUAUGAUGGAUUGUUCAUCUCUAGAAGAUGGGAUGUCUUUCCUAAAGUUAUGCCUUAGCUCAGCCAGAAAUAAUGGACUUGAUGCAGAAGAGACCAAGUGAAAUUCUGUUGCCUGUUUUAGGCAGAAGGUCAGACUAGAUGAUUGGAAAGGUCCCCUUCUAACCUUAGAACCUGUGAAUUUAUGAAAGAUCAGGUCCUAGGGAACCAGGCGGGUAGCUGCACUCAUGUCUAAAUUUCAUUGUAUUGCAUUAAUAUGAAGAGAGAAAAGGAAAUAACUAAGAUGCAGCAGGUGGAGAGAUUGGGGAGAGGGAAGGGAGUAAAGGCACCUUUGCCAAAGCUAGAAUCUGAAUGGAAAUUAAGACCAAAAGGACAUAUCUUCAGCUGAGUGGGACUAUGCUGAUUGACAUCAGCUGAGACUUGGGCCCCAAACUUGGGCCUAAAGUUAGGCUCCUACAUUUAUAUUUGGGCACCUCAGCAAAAGCGAGCUGAGUUUCCAAGAUGCUGAGCCCCCAGCAAUCUCACUAAAAUCAAGGGGAGUCACAAGUGCAGGGCACUUUUGAAAAUAAAAUCGGACUCCUUUUGUUGAGGUGCCUAAAUAUGGAGUUAGGGGCCAACAGAGAAAGAUGGCUGGAAGGGGAAGCUGGAGAAAUUCAGACAAUAAGGUGGGAAUUCAUAAUGAUAAAAGUAAUUAACAGGGAGGGUAAUUAACCAGCGGAACAAUUGACCCAAGAUUAAGGUGGAUUCUCCAUCAUUGGCCAUUUUAAA